CCUAUUCCCCCUCUCGGCUCCAAUAAGUAACACCCUGCCCUUCUUGGGCAGCCAUCGGUCUUUUCCCUUUACCUUUCUUCUCGUCUUCUAGUCUUCCUCCCUUCUCACUCGGAUGUUAUUUUUUCCUCUCAUCGCCGCUGCUCGGCUUCUGCUCUCAGUCUCCUCGAUAGGCAGGUUUUCUUGAGAAGAGAACAGUAAAAAGUUGGAAGGCGGCGCUGGGAUGGCGGGCCUGAGGUCAAACUUCCCGCUACGUCUCCAGCAGAUCUUAUCUGCGGGGCGGCCGGUCUCCCCUGCGCUCAAAUUGGAGUCUGAGCCGCCAUUGAAAGUCAAAGCAUUCAUUGAUCGAGUGAUUAAAAGUCCAUUGCAUGAUAUAGCUAUACCUCUUUCAGGUUUUCGGUGGGAGUACAAUAAGGGAAACUUCCAUCAUUGGAGACCACUUUUUAUGCAUUUUGAUACUUAUUUCAAGACAUACAUUUCUUCUAGGAAAGAUCUUCUUCUUUCUGACAGUAGCUUAGAUGAAGAUCCUUUUCCCAAACAAUCUGUUCUACAAAUCUUGAGAGUCAUGCAGAUAAUUUUGGAGAAUUGCCACAAUAAAAGCCCUUUUAGUGGCUUAGAGCAUUUCAAGCUUCUACUUGCAUCGACUGAUCCAGACAUCAUUAUAGCUACUCUUGAAACUCUUUCUGCAUUGGUGAAGAUAAACCUUUCCAAGUUACAUGGUAGUGGGAAGCUGAUCAGUUGUGGCUCUAUGAACAACCAUCUUCUGUCUCUGGCCCAGGGAUGGGGCAGCAAAGAGGAAGGCUUGGGUUUGUAUUCAUGUAUCCUGGCAAAUGAAAGAAACCAGCAGGAGGGCUUAAGCUUGUUUCCUUCGGAUGUGGAAAAUGAAUGUGAUGCAACUCAGUGUCGACUGGGUUCAACCCUUCAUUUUGAAUUUAGCACAUCUGCUCCUCUCAAUGCCGUGUUGACAACUGAGAAGAGCAAAAUUUCCAAACUCCAUGUAAUAAACAUUCCUGAUUUGCAUAUGCGGAAAGAGGAUGAUCUAGUUAUAUUGAAGGAGUGCAUUGAACAAUUCAAUGUGCCUCCUGAACAUCGGUUCUCAUUGCUGACAAGGAUUAGAUUUGCACGUGCAUUCCGCUCGCCUAGAAUGUGCAGACUAUUUAGCCGAAUCUGUAUUCUUUCAUUUGUUGUUUUAGUGCAGUCCAAUGAUGCCCAUGAUGAACUUGUGUCCUUUUUUGCUAAUGAACCUGAAUAUACGAAUGAGUUAAUCAGACUUGUUCGGUCUGAAGAGUCUAUUCCAGCAACCAUAAAAGCACUAGCCAUGCUUGGAUUGGGUGCACAACUUGCAGCAUAUGCAUCAUCUCAUGAAAGAGCUAGGAUAUUGAGUGGGUCAAGCAUUAUAUCUGCUGGAGGUAAUCGAAUGGUACUGCUGAGCGUGCUUCAGAAAGCCAUCGCGUCACUCAGUAAUCCCAGUGACCCAUCAGCUCCCUUUUUUGUUGAUGCUCUCUUGCAAUUUUUUCUGCUUCAUGUGUUAUCUUCUUCAAGCUCAAGCAGUGUCCUUAGAGUAUCUGGAAUGGUUCCCCCACUCCUGCCGCUUCUAACAGACAGUGAUCCUGCCCAUGUGCAUCUUGUUAGCUCGGCAGUGAAAACGCUUCAGAAGUUGAUGGAGUAUAGUAGCACUGCGGUAUCAAUAUUCAAAGAUAAUGGAGGAGUAGAACUACUGUCUGACAGGUUACGGAUUGAGGUAGAUAAAAUUAUUGGUACAGUUGACGAGAAUAACAAUGCAAUGGUCAUUGGUGAUUCUGUAAGACAUGAUGAUGAUUACUUGUACUCUCAGAAGAGGCUCAUUAAGAUGUUACUUAAAGCAUUGGGUUCUGCUACUUACUCUCAAGGAAAUCCUACAAGGUCACAGAAUGCCAAUAAUAAUUCUCUGCCUGCCUCCUUAUCCCUAAUAUUUCGCCAUGUGAAUAGAUUUGGAGGUGACAUAUACUUUUCAGCUGUUACAGUUAUGAGUGAAAUCAUACACAAGGAUCCUACAUGUUUCCAUAUUCUGGAUGAAGCUGGUCUUCCUGAUUCUUUCUUGUCAUCUGUGGUUUCUGGUAUCCUGCCUACCUCCAAAGCACUUGUUUGUGUUCCCAGUGGAAUGAGUGCCAUCUGCCUUAAUAGUAAAGGGCUUGAAGCAGUCAAGGAAACAGCUGCUUUACGGUUUCUGGUGGACACCUUUACAAAUAGGAAAUAUCUAGUAGCUAUGAAUGAAGGUGUUGUUCUUUUAGCAAAUGCAGUUGAAGAGCUAUUACGGCAUGUAUCUUCACUGAGAAGUACUGGUGUUGAAAUAAUAAUUGAAGUCAUUACCAAACUUGCUUCCUUGGGCGAAGAUAAAUGUGCUGAAUCUUCUGAGAGGGCAGAUGAGAAUACAGCCAUGGAAACAGAUUCUGAAGACAAAACUAAUGAAGGUCAUGAUUUGGUCAGCGCCAUGGAUUUGUCUGUUGAUGGUGUUAGCGAUGAGCAGUUUGGCCAACUAUCUAUCUUUCAUGUGAUGGUACUUGUUCAUAGGACAAUGGAGAACUCUGAAACAUGUCGGUUAUUUGUGGAAAAGGGAGGCAUUGAAGCUCUCCUGAAACUUCUACUGCGGCCAAGCAUCACACAGUCAUCUGAAGGCAUGCCUAUUGCUUUGCACAGCACUGUUGUUUUUAAGGGUUUUACCCAACAUCAUUCAAUUCCUCUUGCACGAGCCUUUUGUUCCUCUCUUAGGGAACAUCUGAGGAGAGCUUUAAGUGGAUUUAAAUCUGUUGUUGGCUCAUGUUUAUUGUCUCGAGAGACUGCUGCUGACAGCGAGAUUUAUUCCUCUCUAUUUAUUGUUGAAUUUCUGCUGUUCCUAGCUGCUUCUAAAGAUAACCGCUGGAUAAGUACUUUGCUUACAGAAUUUGGAGAUUCAAACAAGGAUGUCUUAGAAGAUAUUGGGAAGCUCCACAGAGAAGUUCUCUGGCAAAUUCCACUGCUUGAAGAUUCCAAUCUUGAUAAAGAGUUUGAAAGCUCUUCUUCUUCAAAUGAUAUCCAGCGGACAGAGUCAAGCACUAACGAGUUUGAAGAGCAAAGGUUUAACUUCAGGCAGUACCUUGAUCCAUUACUAAGGAGGAGAUUUUCUGGUUGGAAUAUUGAAUCUCAGUUCUCUGAUCUUAUAAGCAUGUAUAGGGAUCUUGGGCGAAUUGCUGGUGGUUCUCGGAGAAUUGGUUCAGAAAGCUUCUUGGCUUCACGAUUUUCUACCAACCCGCAACAAUCUUUAGGAAACUCUUCAGAUGCUAAUACCAGUGGCAAAAGUGAAGGUGAGAAGCAAAAGUCUUAUUAUUCUUCUUGCCGUGAUAUGAUGCGUUCACUUUCUUAUCACGUGAACCUUCUAUUCAUGGAGUUGGGGAAAGCUAUGUUACUUGUCUCUCGUCGAGAGAACAACCCCGGAGUCUUGCCCUCUUCGGUAAUGUCUGUUGCCACUGCAAUCACCUCAAUCAUGCUGGAUCAUUUGAAUUUCAGAGGGUAUGUUAGCCCUUCUGAGGUUGAUGUCUCCAUAUCUACCAAAUGCCGAUAUCUUGGUAAGGUGAUUGACUUCGUUGAUGGAGUAUUAACUGACAGGCCAGAGUCCUGCAAUCCUAUCAUGGUUAGUUGUCUGUAUAGCUGUGGGGUUUUUCAGGCUAUCUUAACAACUUUUAAAGCAACCAGUCAACUGCCCUUUACACUUAAUAGGGUGCCAGCUUCCCCCAUGGAGACGGAUGAUGCAAGCAUAAAACUAGAUAAGGAAGAAGCUGAUAAUUCUUGGAUUUAUGGGCCAUUAGCAAGCUACUGUGUGCUGAUGGAUCACCUUGUGACAUCAUCUUUCAUUUUGUCUUCCUCUACAAAGCAGUUACUUGAUCAACCUUUGGCAAGUGGUAGUGUCCCAUAUCCACAAGAUGCUGAAUCAUUUGUAAAGGUGCUGCAGUCUAAAGUAUUAAAGGCAGUACUUCCCAUCUGGACUCAUCCUCAUUUUGCUGAAUGUAAUAUGGAGUUCAUUAGUGCAGUGUUCUCCAUCAUGAAGCACGUCAUAUCUGGUAUUGAGGUUAGAAAUGCUAGUGGAACUGGCUCACGAACAGCAGGCCCUCCUCCUGAUGAAUCAACUAUAUCAAUGAUUGUAGAAAUGGGGUUUUCCCGUGCCAGGGCUGAGGAAGCUCUUAGACAAGCAGGAACUAAUAGUGUUGAAAUUGCAACAGAUUGGCUUUUCUCUCACCCAGAAGAACCACAAGAAGAUGCCGAGCUCGCCCGGGCUCUAGCCAUGUCUCUUGGAAGCUCAGAUUCAUUAUCAAAGGAAGUUGAAGUUACGGAUGCUAAUGAUCUUGACAAUGGAGAGGAAACAGCUCAGUUACCUAGUGUUGAUGAUUUGUUGUCAAAUUGUAUGAGACUUCUAAGGGUAAAGGAGUCAUCAGCAUUUGCUGUUCGGGAUCUGCUUCUGAUGAUUUGCUCCCAAAGUGACAGCCAAAACCGAUCAAAAGUUCUCAAUUUUAUCAUCGAUCAUGUGAAACUUUGCACUAACACUACUAGUCAUGCCUGCAGCCCAACAUUGUCUUCACUUUUUCACGUGCUUGCCUUGAUUCUUCAUGAGGAUGUAGCAUCACGGGAAGUUGCAUCCAAGGCAGGUUUGGUAAAAAUUUCUUUAGAUAUUCUCUCAGACUGGGAUCGGAGUAUGUAUGGUGAUCAGAAACUCCAGGUGCCAAAAUGGGUGACGGCAUGUUUUCUUUCUAUAGAUAGAAUGCUGCAGGUUGACCCAAAAUUGACUCCAGAGGCCUUUGACUUGGAGCAGUUGAAGCAGAAUAACUCUUCAGCACAGACUCCUGUUUUAAUUGAUGAAUCAAGAAAAAAAGAUUUUUCUCCGUUGGGUCUUGUUUCUGGGGAUUUGGAUAGACAUGAUAAAAAAAGACUCCUAGAGAUAUUAUGCAGAUGCAUAAAGCACCAAUUGCCUUCUGAAACCAUGCAUGUGGCGCUUCAGCUGUGCGCCACCCUAACCAAAGUUCAUUCUGUGGCUGUUAAUUUUCUCGAAUCUGGAGGUUUGCAUGCUUUGCUUUGUUUGCCAACUAGCAGUCUAUUUUCUGGGUUCAAUACUGUGGCGACAGCAAUUAUCCGUCAUAUUCUAGAAGAUCCUCACACUCUGCAGCAAGCCAUGGAGCUAGAGAUCCGUCACAGCCUUGCCACAGCCACAAAUCGACAUUCAAAUUCUAGAUUGACACCUCGUAAUUUUGUUCAGACUUUGGCCCUUGUCAUAGCCCGGGACCCUGCUGUAUUCAUGCAAGCUGCUCAAGCUGUCUGCCAGAUUGAAAUGGUAGGUGAUAGACCUUAUGUUGUCCUUCUGAAAGACCGUGAGAAAGAGAAAGCUAAGGACAAGGAGAAAGCAACAGAGAAAGAGAAGCAGAUGGUUACAGAAUCUAAGGCUACUUCUGGGGAUGUGAGCACAGUGGCUCCUAGUUCUGUUCACAGUAAAAUGCAAGAUUCAAAUACAAGAAAUGCUAAGAUCCAUAAGAAAUCUGCCCAAAGUUUUACCAGUGUGAUUGAGCACCUCCUGGAUGUACUUACUGCAUUUAUUCCUACAAAAGUUGAUGAUGCAUGUGCCAGCUCACUUGCUACUCCCCCAUCAGAAAUGGACAUUGAUUCUAGUUCAGCUAAGGGUAAAGGAAAAGCAAUCGCACUUCCUUCUGAAGAUAGCAAAACUAUUAAUGAGGAAGCUUCAGCUUCACUUGCCAAGGCUGUUUUUGUCUUGAAGUUGCUUACAGAAAUACUUUUGACUUACACUUCAUCAAUACAUAUCUUGCUUCGCAGGGAUGCUGAAUUUAGUACUAGCCGUAAUUCUCAAAAAGGACUACCUUUUAAUAAUGGUGGGGGAAUUUUUUUUCAUAUUCUUCACAGGUUCCUCCCAUAUCCGGGAAUACAAAAGAAGGACAAGAAAGGUGAUGGAGAUUGGAGGCAAAAAUUAGCAACUAGAGCUAACCAGUUUUUGGUGGCCUCAUCUAUUCGCUCUUCAGAAGGGCGUAAAAGAGUAUUUAGUGAGAUCAGCAAUGUCUUUAAUGACUUUGUCAAUGCAGCUGGUGGUUGUAAAGCACCUGAUUCAAGUAUGCAUUGUUUUGUUGAUCUGCUUAAUGAUAUUCUUUCUGCACGGUCACCUACGGGUUCUCAUAUUUCUGCAGAGGCAUCAAUUACAUUUAUAGAUGUUGGGUUGGUUCACUCUUUGACUAGAAUACUAGACGUUUUGGACUUGGAUCAUCCUGAUUCAUCAAAGAUAGUCACUGGAGUUGUCAAGGCUUUGGAAUUGGUGACUAAAGAAUAUGUUCAUUCAGCUGAAAUUGAUUCUGCUAAGGGUGGAACGUCAUUGAAUCAUGCUUCUGAUCAAAAUCAAGGAGAUUCAUCUAAUAAUGAUGGAGAUAGAUUUCAGUCAUUAGAAACUAUAUUGCAGCCCGAACACGCCGAAGCUACAGUAGAGCAUAUGGAGCCUUUUGAUUCAGUUCAAACUUCUAGAAGUUCUGAUGAUAUGGAUCAUGAACGGGAUAUGGAUGGAAGUUUUGCCCGUGAAACAGAGGAUGAUUUUAUGCAUGAAACUUCUGAGGAUGGUGGGGUCCUAGAGAAUGGCAUUUCAACUGUUGAAAUUACGUUUGAACUGCCACACAAUGCUGGUGAUGAUAUUGGUGAUGAAGAUGAGGAUGAGGAUAUGUCAGAAGAUGAUGAUGGUGAUGAAGUUGAGGAAGAUGAAGAUGAGGAUGAGGAUGAAGAUGAGAACAAUGAUUUGGAGGAAGAUGAUGUUCAGAUGAUGCAUCCUGACACUGAUCAUGAUGACCAUGAGAUUGACGAAGAGUUUGAUUUGGAGGAAGAUGAGGAGGAUGAUGACGAUGAUGGUGUCAUACUGAGGUUGGAAGAGGGUGUUAAUGGGAUGAACGUAUUUGAUCAUAUUGAGGUUUUCAGUGGUGGCAAUAACUUUCCUAGCGGAACACUUCUUCUCGGAAGGCGCCAAGAGUUUGUUUCCUCAAUGACCAAUCGUCUGGGUAGAGCCAAUGACCAUGGUGUUAACCCAGAACACCCACUGCUGGAGGAGCCAUCUUCAUUCUUGGUUCAUCGAAGAAACUCUGAAAAUGCUGUUGACAUGGCUUUCUCAGAGAGGCGUCAUGAUAGUAAUUCUUCACGUCUGGAUGCUAUUUUUCGAACAUUGCGGAGUGGAAGACAUGGUCAUCGUUUCAGCAUGUGGUUGGAUGAUAGCCAUCAUCGUAGCAACUCUAGUGUGCCUUCAGUGCCAGAAGGCAUGGAGGAGUUGCUAGUAUCCCAGCUAAGGCGUCCCAUUCCAGAUCAACCCUCAAAUCAGGAUGAACCUGUAUCUGUCCCUCAAGAAAGGGAUGAGCCCAAUCAGUUGCAGAAUUCAGAAUCUGGUGCAGGAGAAGCACCUGCAGUGCCAAGUGAAAUUAAUGGCAAUAUGAUAAUCUCAUCACCUGUUUCACUGGUAGAUUUUUCGGGAAAUGCUAAUGAUGUAUCUGGGGCUAUUGAUAUAAACCAAGAAAGAGAAACAUCUGGUACAAAUGAACAAGUUAGUGAUAUGCAAUAUGAGCGCAGUGAUACAGUUAUCCGAGAUGUGGAGGCUGUGAGCCAAGCCAGCAGUGGGAGCGGGGCCACCUUAGGAGAAAGUCUUCGAAGCUUGGAAGUGGAAAUAGGUAGUGUGGAUGGUCAUGAUGAUGGUGAAAGGCAAGGCGCAACUGAGAGGAUUCCUUUGGGUGAUUUGCAGCCAACCGGUAGGGCAAGAAGGUCAUCAGGGAUCACAAUGCCGGUAAUUGGAAGAGAUGCAUCUUUGGAAUGUGUUAGUGAGAUUCCAGCACGUCCUCAAGAAGCUGAUCAAAAUGCUCUGAGUGAGGAGAACCAACUUAACAGAACUGUUGAUGCAGAAUCAAUUGAUCCUACGUUCUUAGAGGCUCUUCCUGAGGAGUUACGAGCUGAAGUACUUUCGUCACGGCAGAAUCAGGUGGGUCAGCCAUCAGGUGACCAAUCUCAAGCAGAGGGAGAUAUUGAUCCUGAAUUUCUUGCUGCUCUGCCACCUGAUAUUCGAGAAGAAGUGCUAGCACAACAGCGUGCACAAAGACAGAGUCAAUCUCAUGAAUUGGAAGGGCAACCUGUGGAAAUGGAUGCAGUUUCAAUAAUAGCUACUUUUCCUUCAGAAAUACGUGAAGAGGUGCUGUUGACUUCCCCCGAUACCCUAUUGGCCACUCUAACACCUGCUCUUGUUGCUGAAGCCAAUAUGUUGCGGGAGCGGUUUGCGCAUAGGUAUCAUAGCAGUGCACUCCUUGGGAUGCAGUCUAGAUCUCGGCGUGGUGACCCCUCUAGACGUGGUGACCUGGUUGGGUCAAAUGCAGACAGGAAUGCUGUUGAGUCUGCUUCUCGCAGGUCUGCAGUUAACAAACUUAUUGAAGCAGGUGGAGCCCCUCUAGUGGACACCGAUGCCUUGAAAGCCUUGGUUAGGUUACUUCGUGUUGUUCAGCCCCUCUAUAAAGGUCAGUUUCAGAGGCUUCUCUUAAAUCUAUGUGCCCAUCAGAAUACCAGAACAUCGUUAGUGCAAAUUCUAAUGGACAUGCUGAUGCUUGAUCUGCGUGGUUCAAAUAAUAUCACAGCCGAUGACAUUGAUCCACCAUUUCGGCUGUUUGGCUGCCAGAGCUAUAUCAUGUAUUCACGCCCUCAAUUCUCAGAUGGAGUGCCACCUCUAGUUUCUCGGCGUGUUCUAGAAACUCUCACAUUCUUGGCCCGGAAUCAUCAAUAUGUGGCAAAACUUUUACUUCAUCAUGAGGUGUCAGGUCUGGGAGUAUCUCAAGUGGGUACAUUGAAUCAAGGACGUGGCAAAGCUAUAAUGGAAGAAGAUAAGCCUGAAGGCAUGAUAGGGAAGGGAGACUUCUCCAUUGUUGUGCUUCUUAGGCUGUUGAAUCAGCCAUUAUAUAUGAGAAGUGUAGCUCAUCUUGAGCAGCUCUUAAAUCUUCUUGAAGUCAUCAUGAUCCAUGCUGAGGGUGAUGCUGGCCUGCCCAAACAAUCAGGACCAUCUGAGCAACCGUUGAUCUCAGAGGGUGCCAUGCAAGAUAUACAUAUGAAUAAUGAUCCUCCGGUGCAACCAUCUGGUUUAGGAAGUAGCUUGCAGAAUGUGCAGGUUAAUAGUGCUUCUACUUCUGCUGAUACUGUAGAUGGAUGCUCUUCAAAGACUGAUAACAAUGAGCAGGAUCCACGUGCUGUCCUUCUUGGUCUUCCACAGGCAGAACUUCAGCUUCUAUGCUCCUUGUUGGCUCGAGAGGGAUUGUCAGAUAAUGCAUAUGUUCUUCUGGCGGAGGUUUUGAAGAGGCUCGUGGCAGUUGUUCCAACCUUUUGUCAUUUGUUUAUAGUGGAGCUAGCAAAGUCAAUGCAUAACUUGGUUGCAUCUGGAAUGAAUGAAUUGCACGUUAAUGGAGACGCUGAAAAGGCACUUCUUGCUUCAUCAUCCUCCAGUGGUACUGCUAUUUUAAGGGUUCUGCAGGCAUUGAGUUCUUUAGUUUCUACAUUGCAUGACAAGAAGGAUCCCCAGCUUCUAUCUGAGAAAGAAUAUGCAAAUGCUCUUUCUCAGGUGUUAGAUAUAAAUGCAUCAUUGGAAUCUUUAUGGUUGGAGUUGAGCAGCUGUAUUAGCAAACUCGAGACCUCGUCUGAUACUGUUGAUGUUGAUGCAAUUCCUGGAAACGUUGCUCCAACAAAUGCGGGCUCAUCAUCUUCACUUCCAGCGGGUACUCAGAACAUCUUACCAUAUAUUGAGUCAUUUUUUGUUACAUGCGAAAAGCUGCAUCCUGGGCAAUCAGAUGUAAAUCAAGAGUUAGUUGCGACAACCUCUGACCUAGAAGAUGCUUCAACUAGUGUUCAAAAACAUACUGUAUUUUCCAUGAAAGUUGAUGAAAAGUUAAAUGCUUUUGUUAAGUUCUCCGAGAAGCAUAGGAAGUUGCUAAAUUCCUUUAUUCGCCAAAAUCCUGGAUUACUUGAAAAGUCAUUUUCUCUUAUGCUUAAAGUACCACGUUUUAUUGACUUUGACAACAAACGGGCUCAUUUUCGAUCAAAAAUUAAGCACCAACAUGAUCAUCAUCAUCCUUCAGUGAGAGUUUCAGUUAGAAGAGCCUACAUCCUUGAAGAUUCUUAUAAUCAGUUACGGAUGCGACCAGCUCAAGAUCUGAAAAGCAGGCUUACUGUUCAUUUCCAGGGGGAAGAGGGUAUUGAUGCUGGAGGCCUGACAAGGGAAUGGUAUCAACUUCUGUCCCGUGUUAUUUUUGACAAAGGUGCCUUGCUUUUCACAACUGUUGGCAAUGACUCAACCUUCCAGCCAAAUCCCAACUCUGUUUAUCAAACAGAGCACCUCUCUUACUUCAAGUUUGUUGGUCGAGUGGUUGGUAAGGCAUUGUUUGAUGGUCAACUUUUAGAUGUGCAUUUCACGCGAUCUUUCUACAAACACAUGCUGGGAGUGAAAGUAACCUAUCAUGAUAUUGAAGCUAUAGAUCCUGAUUAUUACAAAAAUUUGAAGUGGAUGCUUGAGAAUGAUAUUAGUGACAUUUUGGACCUCACUUUUACCAUGGAUGCUGAUGAGGAGAAGCUGAUAUUAUAUGAGAGGGCACAGGUUACUGACUGUGAGUUGAUUCCUGGUGGUCGAAAUAUUAGAGUUACUGAAGAAAACAAGCAUGAGUACGUCGACCGUGUUGUGGAACAUCGUCUUACAACAGCUAUUAAAAGGCAGAUAAAUGCUUUCCUGGAAGGUUUUAAUGAAUUGAUCUCUCGUGAUCUAAUAUCUAUCUUUAAUGAUAGAGAGUUGGAGUUAUUGAUUAGUGGCCUUCCUGAUAUUGAUCUGGAUGACUUGAGAGCAAAUACUGAAUAUUCGGGUUACAGUAAUGCAUCUCCUAUCAUUCAAUGGUUCUGGGAGGUUCUUCUGGGUUUCAGCAAGGAGGACAAAGCCCGAUUCCUGCAGUUUGUGACUGGCACCUCGAAGGUUCCUCUUGAAGGAUUUAGCGCAUUACAAGGCAUAUCGGGCCCUCAGAGAUUUCAGAUCCACAAGGCAUAUGGCAGCCCCAAUCACCUGCCUUCUGCACACACAUGCUUCAAUCAGCUUGAUUUGCCUGAGUAUCCUGCCAAAGAACAGCUACAGGAGAGGUUGUUAUUGGCCAUUCAUGAAGGGAGUGAGGGAUUUGGAUUUGGUUAAGUUGGGCGGGCAUCAAAGGGCUCCUCAACUCUGUACAUAAAGUAUAGGAUGCAAGCAAGAAUGAUUCAGAAGAGUUUAAAGCCCCUACACUCCCAUAAGUUAUCUCUUGGAAUCCCCUUAAACAACCUAUCUGAGCCUCCAUUUUUUUUGAAGAAACAAAAGAUGAUUGGGGAAGGUGGGAGGAGCAUCAGGCUUCAAUCAGAACCAGCAUUUACAGUGUACUGCUGAUAUGUUCUGUUUCUGCCCUUGGGAUUCUUGGAUGAAGUGGCGGGCCAAAAGAAAAGACCUGUGGAUGCUUUCUUUUGGGUAUUAACGUAUACAUUGCUUUUUUAUGUAAAUGUCUUUUCUCGAUUUUAGUUAAUAUUAUUGUAGACCUUGCUCGUCCUUUACUUUAUGCCAUUAAUAACAUUGUGCUUGAACAAGUUCGACGGAAAUGACGAUGGUUGUGAAUACUUACUGUUUUUGGCUAUUCAGUUAAUUGGAUUUAUUCAGUGCAAAUCAAA